UGUGUGUGUUUGGGCCGCUAGGUAGUUGACUGGAAAGCGGAACUAGCUAGUUAGCACAUUAGCUCGGUUCUAACGAGUUCCCAAAGGUUCCGGUUCUGUUUACGACCCUCGCGACAGUCGUGCCACUUUCCGGGACAAUGCCGCAGAAUAUCGAGCUCGGUGCAAAGAGGGGAGCCUCCAAACAGCACGGCAGCAACAUGGAGGAAAUGACUGUGGAACAGAUCACCAACAAGGCCAACCAAGUGACUGAUGAGUCACUGGAAAGCACGCGGAGGAUGCUGCAGAUGGCAGAGGAGAGCAGAGAGACUGGCACCAAGACACUGGUGAUGUUGGACCAGCAAGGAGAGCAGCUGAGGCGUGUGGAUGAGGGCAUGGACCAGAUCAACCAGGACAUGAGACAAGCCGAGAAGAACCUGACUGACCUCUCCAAGUGCUGUGGCAUGUGUGUCUGCCCCUGUGACAGGGUGUCGUCGAUAGAGCACGACUCGAAAUACAAGCGCACCUGGGGAAUCCGAGAGAACGGGGACGCCGGCUCCACCGGCUCCAAGGUGGUCUCGCGGCAGCCGUCGGGGGUCCGCAACGGCCAGGCCGGCCAGGCCGGCCAGGUGAACGCCUCGGCGCCCUCGGGCCAGUACAUCAAGAGGAUCACCAACGACGCCCGCGAGGACGAGAUGGAGGAGAACCUGGACGCCGUGGGCGGCCUCAUCAGCAACCUGAAGUCCAUGGCGCAGGACAUGGGCAACGAGAUCGACGAGCAGAGCAAGCACAUCGACAGCAUCGCCGACAAGGCGGAAAUGAACAAGGUUCGUAUUGACGACGCGAACCUGAGAGCCAACAAGCUCCUCAAGUAGACGACCGACAAGCUGCUGCCAUCGACCUCGAGCCUCUGGAGCCCCCCCCCCCCCCACACAUAUACAUAUAUACAUAUAUAUAUAUAUAUAUAUAUAUAUGACAUUUAAAAAAAAGAAAUUCAUUCAGGAAGAAUAUCUUUGCCUGCGGCGCGCUUUCACUGCACUAAGAUGUAAAUAAAAUACGCAAAACAUUCUAUAUUUUAUAAAUUGGCCACGUGCAUCCGGGUCACGCUGGAGCCAGAGGAGCAUCGGGGGCGUCUCCAAACAGGAAGUGGCCGCUCGGAGGAAGGGAAGUAGCUUCUUUAUCUCGCCGCUUUUCUCUUAAAGUCAGGAAGUGCGAGCGGCGUCUCUCCGUGUGUGUGUGUGUGGACGAGGUCGUGAAAACACACACACACACACACGCCUACCGGCUGACCUUUAGUGAGCGUUAAUUCCAGCGCCGCCCUCGAGUUUAAUCGUACAACACAUUGUCUUUGAAACCUAAUCAAGUCUCUUAUUGGUUCAAUGUGUCAUUAGGUUUAUUGUAUCAUGUGUAUUAUUUUGAUGUGCCUUUUUAUUUAAUUAUUCUUCAUCGAGCAAAAAUGACUUGCGAAUAAAGUUGUUUUAGUGUGUUUUUAACACUUUGUUCUCAUGUCAUUUCUGCCCUUUCACAUGUAAAACGUCUAUUUCAUGAAAUAUUAAAUGUUGUGCUUUACAGUCGUGGGAAUCCUUUCACUCCAAGCACCCGCCCCUGAAAGAGAGCAACUUAAUACGACCGGCCGAGAAGUCAAGGUUGUUCAAUUAUUGCAAGUAAAAGAAAAAAAGUAUAUACAAAUGAUUUUUUUUCUUUCUAUAAUGUUUGUGUAUGUGUGUAUAUAUUAUUAGUAAACAAAUAUUUUCUUUGCACCCUCCUUCAAAUUUGAAGGACACAUCAGAAUGAACCCUUCAAAGCUUCCAGAACAUGUCGUAACACUGAAUAUGAGAGAGAACUUCAUAUCUAGUGGGUUUUUCCUCUGUGUUGAUACUGAAAUAUACAUGUAUAUAAUGUGUAUGUAUGAUAUACAUGUAUAUAUAUGCAUAUUUGUGUGUGUGUCUCUAUAUAUAUAUACACUACCGUUCAAAAGUUUGGGAUCACCCAGACAAUUUUGUGUUUUCCAUGAAAACUCACACUUUUAUUUAUCAAACGAGUUGCAAAAUGUAUAGAAAAUAUAGUCAAGACAUUGACAAGGUUAGAAAUAAUGAUUUGUAUUUGAAGUAUUAAUUUUUUUCUUCAAACUUUGCUUUCUUCAAAGAAUGCUCCUUUUGCAGCAAUUACAGCAUUGCAGACCUUUGGCAUUCUAGCUGUUAAUUUGUUGAGGUAAUCUGUUGAGAUUUCACCCCACGCUUCCUGAAGCACCUGCCACAAGUUGGAUUGGCUUGAUGGGCACUUCUUGCGGACCAUACGGUCAAGCUGCUCCCACAACAGCUCAAUGGGCUUGAGAUCUGGUGACUGUGCUGGCCACUCCAUUACAGACAGCAGCUGCCUGCUUCUUCCCUUAAUAGUUCUUGCACAAUGUGGAGGUGUGCUUUGGGUCAUUGUCCUGUUGGAGGAGGAAAUUGGCUCCAAUCAAGCGCUGCCCACAGGAUAUGGCAUGGCGUUGCAAAAUGGAGAGAUAGCCUUCCUUAUUUAAAAUCCCUUUUACCUGGUACAAAUCUCCCACUUUCCCAGCACCAAAGCAGCCCCAGACCAUCACAUUACCUCCACCAUGCUUGACAGAUGGUGUCAGGCACUCUUCCAGCAUCUUUUCACCUGUUCUGCAUCUCACAAAUGUUCUUCUGUGUGAUCCAAACACCUCAAACUUGGAUUCAUCUGUCCAUAACACCUUUUUCCAAUCUUCCUCUGUCCAAUGCCUGUGUUCUUUUGCCCAUACCAAUCUUUUCUUUUUAUUGGCCAGUCUCAGAUAUGGCUUUUCUUUGCCACUCUGCCUAGAAGGCCAGCAUCCCGGAGUCGCUUCUUCACUGUCGACGUUGACACUGGCGUUUUGCGGGUACCAUUUAAAGAAGCUGCCAGUUGAGGACCUGUGAGGCGUCUAUUUCUCAAACUAGAGACUCUAAUGUACUUGUCUUCUUGCUGAGUUGUGCACCGGGGCCUCCCACUUCUCUUUCUGCUCUGGUUAGAGCCUGUUUGUGCUGUUCUCUGAAGGGAGUAGUACACACCGCUGUAGGAAAUGUUCAGUUUCUUUGCAAUUUCUCGCAUGGAAUAGCCUUCAUUUCUAAGAACAAGAAUAGACUGGCGAGUCUCACAGGAAACUUCUUUUUUUCUGGCCAUUUUGAGAGUCUUAUCGAACCCACAAAUGUGUUGCUCCAGAUAAUCAACAAGCUCAAAGGAAGGCCAGUUUUAUAGCUUCUCUCAUCAGCAAAACAGUUUUCAGCUGUGCUAACAUAAUUGCACAAGGGUUUUCUAAUCAGAUAUUAGUCUUCUAAGGCGAUUAUCAAACACAAUGUACCAUUAGAACACUGGAGUGAUAGUUGAUGGAAAUGGGCCUCUAUACACCUAUGGAGAUAUUUCAUUAGAAACCAGACGUUUCCACCUAGAAUAGUCAUUUACCACAUUAACAAUGUAUAGAGUGUAUUCCUGAUUGAUUUAAUGUUAUCUUCAUUGAAAAAAACAAUGCUUUUCUUUGAAAAAUAAGGACAUUUCUAAGUGAUCCCAAACUUUUGAACGGUAGUGUAUGUGUAUGUAUAUAUGUAUGAUAUACAUGUAUAUAUAUGCAUGUUUGUGUGUGUGUGUCUGUAUAUAUAUAAUGACACACAUGUAUGUGUGUAUGUAUAUAUAUAUAUAUAUAGCGACUGUUUAUAUUAAUUCACCAGUCCUUUAGUUAAUCUAAAUUAUUUCUUCGUCAUCGUUUGGUUAAUAGAGAUUUCCCCCCCCCCCCCCCCCCCCGGAGGACGUCUUAACGGCCUGCAGGCUCCGAGAAGGUCCGGGGCGAUACGCGGGAAAUUAAUUCCCUCCCAAGUUUCAUAAUUGCACCGUCUGUAAGAAGUCUGAAAACAAAUGUCGUCCUGUGACACGCGGCUGUGCGUCGUUGUUGUUUUUAAUCCGCUCUCAUUGCUCAUGCAGCGCCGCGUUGUCGUUCCGGGAGACGCAGCAGUUUGGUCGUAAUGAGGAUAACUUAAAGGAAUUGAAGAGCUGCUCCUCGGUUGUGUUGUAGCAGCCGCCGUCUCCUCUCGCGGUGAACAUGACGUCUGAUGAUGGAAAGCAUCAUUUUGUUUUCGUCGACGGCAGCGAGAUGCAAAAGCAUCUCCAAACGUGCAGAGCGACGUGUAGCGGAUCAAGAUGACCACGCCGUGGCGUCCAGGCCUCGCCUCUCAUAAAGGAAUGCAGUACGGACAUAUCUGGAGUCUGUAGUCUGCAUCGUGGCUUAUUCGUAGGUCGAGAAGGAGGUCAGCUGUUAUUCAGGGUUUGUGUUGUAUGCGGGGUCGUCCUCAGCUGCGAUCUGAUUGGCUGAGGCGGUUUAUUCUCCUGUUUGGCGGAGCUUCACUCUGAUCUGAAAUCAACAAAGUGCCUGUUGUUGAACAACUGCCUCUGGUUUUAAAUGGUUUUUAUUCAAUAAAUCUAUUCUGAAAUUCAA